AUGUCUGUAUAUAAAUGGUUACAUGUCAAAGUUAUAAAUGAGUAUACAGAGGUGAAAAUAAUUAUAAAACACUCAUUGGCUCAAUUAGAUGAUUUACCUGAUGAACUUCUUACGAUUAUUUUGAAAAAUUUGGACAAUGAUCAAGUACUCUAUUCUUUAAUAGGUGUCAAUAAAUGGCUCAACACAUUUGUACAUGAUUCAGUAUUUACAAGUCAUUUAACAUUGAUGAGGCGUUUCUUCAAUGAUUCUAUCUAUCCAUUAUCUGAUACUAUACUUGAUCGAUUUUAUUUUGCAAUUUUACCUUCGAUUCAUCAUAAAAUCCAGUGGCUCAAUGUUGAAUCAUUAUCUAUGGAACAUGUUCUUUUUUGUACAGAUUAUCCUAACUUAUGUAAACUUGGUUUAUGUAAUCAUGAAAUAGAAAGAGCAAAACAUUUGUUUACUAAUGGAAAUGUUUUAACUGAUUUAUUUAAAAAUCAAAUUUUACCACUUAUUAUCCGUAUUUGUAAUAAUAAAAAUCAAGCUUCAACAAAAGAUGAGAAUACAAUUAUAUGCACAAAUAUCUUUACUGUGUUUACCAAUCUACAGUAUUUAAACUUCGAUUCAUCUUCAAUUUAUUCUGAAUACAUAUCAUUUGAUAUUUCACCUCCAAUUUUUAUUUCUUCAACUCUUUUAGAACUACAUGUACAUGUAUUACAUUUCAAUGAUUGUCGUUAUUUACUCGAUGGACGUGUUAAUCAACUUGGAGUAUUUCGUGUUAAAAGUUCUUGGAUUCGUCGUUCUUCACGUCUAACAAUCAAUAAUACGGAAAGUUUACCUAACAUGAAAUGCUCUUCAUUAUAUUGUGAUACAGAUACAGUUGUUUAUGAUGAAUUAAUUGUUCCGCACUUUUACAUCGAAUGUUAA